CCAAAGAGGCUGCAUCCCGCGCCUCAGACCUGGGGAUCUGUGAGCCCUGCAUCCGGUUAACCAUGGAGGGGAUUGCCUCAGGCCACCAGCCCCUUAGGUGAGGACUCCGCCUAGGGCUCCGUUCACCGUCUUGAAUCAUGAAGGUGAAGAGAACUCCUCUAACCAGGCGACAUUUUUGUUGAAAAUCGUGGCCCAGGGCCAGCGGCUCUUCCCACGGCCCAUCUUCAGGAGAGGUGCCUGCCCCCACUGACCCCAGCUAGGGAGUUGCCGCUUCCACAGAUGGGGAGGUGGGCCCUCGACGUGGCCUUUGUGUGGAAGGCAGUGUUGACCCUGGGACUGGUCCUGCUCUACUACUGCUUCUCCAUCGGCAUCACCUUCUACAACAAAUGGCUGACCAAGAGCUUCCACUUCCCCCUCUUCAUGACGAUGCUGCACCUGGCCGUGAUCUUCCUGUUCUCCGCCCUGUCCAGGGCGCUGGUCCAGUGCUCCAGUCACAGGGCCCGCGUGGUGCUGAGCUGGACUGACUACCUCAGAAGAGUAGCUCCAACAGCACUGGCAACGGCGCUUGAUGUGGGCUUGUCCAACUGGAGUUUCCUCUACAUCACCGUCUCACUGUACACAAUGACCAAAUCCUCAGCCGUCCUCUUCAUCUUGAUCUUCUCUCUGAUCUUCAAGCUGGAGGAGCUGCGUGCAGCGCUGGUGCUGGUGGUGCUCCUCAUCGCUGGGGGACUCUUCAUGUUCACCUACAAGUCCACGCAGUUCAACGUGGAGGGCUUUGCCUUGGUGCUGGGGGCCUCGUUCAUUGGUGGCAUUCGCUGGACCCUCACCCAGAUACUCCUGCAGAAGGCUGAACUUGGGCUCCAGAACCCCAUCGACACCAUGUUCCACCUGCAACCACUCAUGUUUCUCGGGCUCUUCCCUCUCUUUGCCAUAUUUGAAGGUCUCCAUUUGUCCACAUCUGAGAAAAUCUUCCGUUUCCAGGACACAGGGCUGCUCCUACGGGUACUUGGGAGCCUCUUCCUUGGCGGGAUUCUUGCCUUUGGUUUGGGUUUCUCCGAGUUCCUCCUGGUUUCCAGAACCUCCAGCCUCACUCUCUCCAUUGCCGGCAUUUUUAAGGAAGUCUGCACUUUGCUGUUGGCAGCUCAUCUGCUGGGUGAUCAGAUCAGCCUCCUGAACUGGCUGGGCUUUGCCCUCUGCCUCUCAGGAAUAUCUCUGCAUGUCGCCCUCAAAGCCCUGCACUCCAAAGGUGAUGGUGAGAAGCCCUUGAAGGGGCUGGGCUCCAACCCUGACCUGGAGCUGCUGCUCCGGAGCAGCCAGCCAGAGGAAGGUCACGAUGAGGCGGAGGAGGAAGAUGAGUACUUUGUGGCCCAAGGAUAGCAGCGACCAGCCAGGGAGCAGCUUGAAAGCAGGCCUCUCCCAGCCUUUAUACUGAUGGCAGCUCAGGGACCCGGGUGACUGCUCACAGCAGCUGGAAGCAGUGGGCCAGAAGUGUCCCAGGCUGGGCCUUGGGUAGCACAUGACCACAUGGUUGGGCUGGGUCGGGGAAUUGGUCAAACAGAGGGGUGAGCACUAGGCCAGCCUCAGACCUGGCCUGAGGGGCCUCAAGCUGUGCCAGAGUCACAGUGGACAAAAGGAGCGCUGUUCUCAACUGCUGCCAUGCUCUGGUUGCCAAGAUUAUGAUUUCAGAGGCUUCAUGGUUUUCUGAGGGGACUGGGUUUGGACUGCAGAGCAGUUGGGAAGGGGAGAUGGAGAGGCUAGGGACUUAUCACCUGGAGAGCUCUUUGCUUAGAGAGCAGAUCUAUUUAUACUUUGGAAAUAAAGGGUUUACAGUCCA